AGUAAUAAAGAACCUACUUGAACUCUGUUUCCUUUAAAUUUUUAACUUUCUCCGUUGUUUCGACAAUAACAUUGUGUUUAUUGUUCCUUAUAAGGUCACUUAGAAUUUAUUCCCUUUGAAUUUUUUAGUAGUUUUAGAAUCAUUGGUUUUGUGUUUGACCAAAGGACCAUGAGGUACCAGGCAAGCAUAAAGAUGAAGCAUCUACUCCUCCUCGUGCUAACGGUGGUGGCGACCUGUUGUGCCCAGCAGCAGUACUACAACCGCUAUGACAACGUCAAUGCAGACUCCAUCGUAGCCAACGAGAGAGUGCUGCUGGCUUACUACAAGUGCGUCAUGGAUAAAGGACCUUGCACUAAGGACGGAAGGAACUUCAAGAGAGUCCUCCCAGAAACGCUGUCCACAGCCUGCGGCCGCUGCUCCCCCAAACAGAAGGCUAUCGUGCGCACGCUCCUCCUCGGCAUCCGUGCCAAGAGCGAGCCGCGCUUCAACGAGCUGCUGGACAAAUACGACCCGGACCGCUCCAACCGGGAUGACCUUUACAAGUUCCUGGUCACUGGCAACUAGGCUUCAAGCUGUAAAUUCAGAUUCUGAUAAAGAGGCUCACUAGCAGUUCACUGAUCGGUAACCAGUCAGAAAUCAGCGUUGUCACUUUUAACUUCUGACCGACAGACCGAUACCGUAUGG